AUGGCUGAUCCUCUUCCUGUUCCUGCUGCUCCUGCUGCUUCUGCUGUCGAAACUAGGCCUCCAACAUUGCAGCCGAUUCCCAUAAUUACAACCAAUUCCUCUCCUGAACAUUCCUCUGCUAACCACCAAACCGAUUCUGGUCCUGAUAAAGUUAGUAUCGAUAACAGCAGCUCCACAGCCCCACCCAGCCCAGGAACUUCCAGUAUCAUCAAUGUUCCUCUAUUCAAGCUAAAGGUUUUGGAAGCUUUGAAGUCAAGCGACAUUGCCAAACUAAAGGACCUUCUAUCCUCUCACUUCAGCGAUCUGAAUCCAAAUCUAAUAAAAGUCAAAUCAACUAUCCUACAUUUUGUCGUUCAGAUUUGCGACUACAACUUUUUUGAGAAAUUGGUCAAAUUGCCCGAGAUUAACGUCUAUUUGAAUUCUCAAGAUGAAAAUGGUAAUACUCCCUUACACAUUGCUGUAUUAGCUUCCAAAUUGGAAUUUGUCAAACUACUACUAAUUCAAACAAAUAUCGAUGACACUAUUCUAAACAAUUCGAACAAACAAGCAAUAGAUUUGACCACCAUUAAUAACCUCUACUUGAAAAACUACAUGGAAACGGAAAGAAUCAAUUAUAUAGAAUCCAUUUCCAAAAAAUUGAGAAUCGCUUUUACCAACAGAGAUUUCGACUCUUUGAACAAAAUCUGGUCUAAUCCAAGAAACCAGGAACUAUUGGACUUAAAUGGCUUGGAUCCAACAACCGGCGACACUAUUUUACACGAAUUCAUCAAAAAAAAAGACACCAAGAUGAUAUUUUGGAUUCUUGAUCAUGGCGGCGAUCCCUUCAAAAGAGACAAAAAAGGUAAAUUGCCCAUGGACAUUGUAUCUAAAAAAGACGAUCAAAUCAAAAAACUACUAAAAGACACAAACAACAACAACAACAACAACAACAACAACAACAACAACCCAAACAAUACCUUUCCAAACUCAAUUGAUAAAUCUCCUACUUUAAAAGGUUAUCUUAAAAAAUGGACAAAUAUAGCAAGUGGCUAUAAACUACGUUGGUUCAUACUCGAUUCUGACGGAAUUUUAUCCUACUACAAAAACCAAGAUGACAUAAAUACUUCUUGUAGAGGUUCAAUUAACUUGAAAAAUUGUACUCUACAUUUAGAUUCCUCUGAAAAACUAAGAUUCGAAAUUUUAGGCUCAAGAAAUAAUAUCAGAUGGCAUUUAAAAGGUAACCACCCAGUCGAAGUUAAUAGAUGGGUAUGGUCAAUUCAAGGCGCCAUCAGGUUCACCAAAGACAGAGACUUAAAACUAAGACACCAGCAACAACGACAGCAGCAAGAGCAACAACAGCAACCAAACCAGUAUCAAGCAUCUCCAAAUCUCAUAAAAAAGGGUGACCAUAACAGAUCUCAAUCAAGCAUCACAAUUGGUACUAAUCUUACUGUUGGUCCUUAUAAUACUAACAGUUCCACUUCUACUACCAAACAUCACAAAAGGUCAAGAUCGUUCUUAUCAGGCUCUUCAUUUAAACGAAAAAACAAAAGCCGUUCCUCAGUUUCUUCUCUUUCGACUCCAAUAGAAUCAGCAUCUGAUCCAUCUAGUAACCCAUUUUCUAACAAUAUUCCCUCCAAUAAUGACUUGAUUGUCCCAUUAUCAAAUGAAAAAGAUAACUCUUCAAGUCUAAUUAUAACCUCAGAUGAUGAAGAAGCUUUUGAUGACUAUGAUUCGGACAUGGAAGAUAAUCUGGAUACAAACAAAUCAGUUGGGUUAAAUGACGCGAGAACUUAUGCAACUUUGCAAAAAUCAAUCACUUUACAACUUUCGGUUUUAAAAGAAUUAGUUUCUUCGUCAUAUUAUUCUUUUCCAGUAGACACUUCUGAUAAUAAAUUUGACAUUAUUAAACUGUCUUUGAAAGAGUCUUUACAUUCUUUAUCAGAAAUAUCUAAUGAUUUUGAAACUUAUAAUAGACUAUCUAAUGAAAAGCUUUCAAAGGUCUCGAAAGAUCUCAAUCACUCCCGAAAAAUCAAUUCGUUAUGGCAAGAUUCAAUCAAAGAAGUGGAGAAAGAAAAUAUGAAAAAUGUUCAAAGGUUGGAAAAGUUGGAAUUUGAAAGAAAAAAAUUGAAAAGAGUUCUUAAAGAGCGAAUCGUCCUAGAAGAAAGGAAAAGAUUAUUAUCAACUCAAGAAGCAAUUAACAAUAAGAGAAGACCAACUAUUAGGGAAUUUAUUGAAGAACCUGAUUCUGAUUCUGAUGUAUUUUUUGAUGCUGCAAAUGAUGAAGAAGCUGAAACCGACUUUGAGUCGUUGAAAUCAGAGGUUCUAUUUGAAAGAAAAAUCAAAGAGGGUCCAGAGCUAGAAAGUGUCGCUGAAGAAGAUCGUGCUGAAAUUUCCAAUGAAUUUGAUACUAUAAAGGAACCUGUUAAACAGGUUCACGGGGAUAGUCUAAAUGAUAUUCAGUUGAAAGUCUUAAAUAAAUUGAAAGCUGAGGGUUCUUUUAAGGGAUAUGAAGAUCCAAUACGUACUAAAUUGGAUAUGGAUGAAGAUGAUAGACCAAAGAUUUCUUUAUGGGGUAUUCUUAAGUCGAUGAUUGGUAAAGAUAUGACUCGAAUUACAUUACCAGUUUCAUUUAAUGAAUGUACGUCCUUGUUGCAGAGAGUGGCUGAAGAUAUGGAAUAUUGUUCAUUAUUAAAUCAAGCAUCAGAUAUUGAAGAUUCCUCAUUGAGAAUGUGUUAUAUUGCUGCAUUUGCUGCUUCGGAAUAUUGUUCUACAAUUGAUCGUGUUGCAAAGCCUUUUAAUCCUUUAUUGGGAGAAACUUUUGAGUAUUGUCGCCCUGACCAAAACUAUAGAUUUUUAGUAGAGCAAGUUUCUCAUCAUCCACCGGUUUCUGCAGCCAUAGCAGAAUCUCCUAGAUGGGAUUAUAUUGGUGAAAGUGCGGUCAAGUCCAAAUUUAAUGGUAGAUCAUUUGACAUACAUCCAUUAGGAAAAUGGUUUUUAAGAUUAAGACCAUUUUCUGGAGUUUGGGAUUCUAAUGGAACUAAAAUUGCUGAGGAUGAGUUGUAUACGUGGAAAAAAGUUACCAGUUCUGUUGUUGGUAUAAUCAUUGGACAUCCAGUUGUUGAUCAGUAUGGUACUAUGGAAAUCCGUAAUCACAACACUGGAGAUAAAAUUGAUUUUUGUUUCAAACCCAGAGGUUGGAGAGCUAACAAUGCGUAUGAAGUCAAAGGCACUGUGUUUAACAAAGACGAAAAACCUCUUUACGUUGUUUAUGGACACUGGAACUCGAAAAUAUAUUACAAGCAAAUUAUCGAUCAAGAAAAAAAUGAAUAUGGCGAAAAAGUAUUAUUGUGGCAAGCCAACCCCAGACCCAAGUCUCCAUUUAACUUGACAUCGUUUGCUAUAUCGUUGAAUGCACUACAGCCACGUUUGAAGGAGUAUUUGGCACCAACAGAUACCAGAUUACGACCAGAUCAAAGAGCGAUGGAAGAUGGCAGAUACGAUGAUGCAUCGACAGAAAAGAAUAGGGUUGAGGAAAAACAGAGAGCAGCAAAGAGGCAAAGAGACCUAGCCAAUGAAGAGUACACUCCCAACUGGUUUGAGAAACGAAACCACCCUGUAACUGGUGAGCCCUACUGGCACUACUUGGGGGACUACUGGGUAAAACGGGCCACAAAGCAGCUCAAAGAUGGCAUGGACAUUUUUUAGAGUAAAGGUGUAUACAGUGUAUAGUUUAUAUGUUUUUUUACGUCUUUCAAUGCGAUUUGGCCUUUUAUUCUUCUGUUGCAAACUUUUCUUUGUGAUUGAUCAGAUUCCCAUCUUUCAUUGUGUCCGGAUUUUAACAUUUGAUCCACUCAUUUGGGCCUACUGGGAUUCCCGAAACGGCAAAAGGUAAACAGUCAAAUUAUGCCCAAGAAUUAUGAUCUACUAAUUCAAAAAUACUUUUUGUUCAGUAGACUUUUAUAUCCUUUAAUU